AAACAAAAAACCUCAUCAAAAACGUAUCACGCAAGCCAUGUAGUUACUUUUGUUUUUAUGAAGCUUUUCGUUCAUUUUUCAUCGUAAUGACUUCGCUAAAACAAACUCGGGACUUGCUACUAUUUAGUUUCUACAAGAAACAAAUCACAGCCGAGCAGCUUCUCGUCCUGCUAGAAGAAAACACUUCGCGAAAUCCUGAGUUUAACUACCGUCAAUACGAAAGGUUUGAUCUCGCAACGAUUCCUGAACCGGAAUGUCGAUCAGACUUUAGAUUUGACCUGUGAUUUGACAAGGACGAUAUUCCCGUGUUGGCAGAUGUUCUGGGUUUACCCGAUUAUUUCCAGUGCUACCAAAGAACAAAGGCAAGAAAACUCGAGGGGCUUUGCAUACUUUUACGUCGACUGGCUUUCCCCUGUCGGUACGCUGAUAUGAUUGCGAUGUUUGGUAGGCCAGUCGCUGAACUAAGCAUGAUAACAAACGAGGUUAUAGAUUUUAUCUACGAGCAUCACGCACACCGAAUCACUGCAUGGAAUGAACGACUUUUAAGCCCUGAGAAUCUGCAAAUUUACGCUGACAAAAUCCACACGAAAGGCGCAGCUUUGACGAAUUGUUUCGGGUUUGUCGACGGCACGGUUCGACCUCUAUGCAGACCAGUACAGCACCAACGUUGUGUAUACAAUGGCCACAAACGAACACAUUCCAUUAAAUUUCAGUCAGUUACGUUGCCUAAUGGCAUAAUUGCAAAUAUGUUUGGUCCAAUUGAGGGCAGAAGACAUGAUGCCGGAAUGUUGGCUGACUCAAACCUAUUGAACUACUUGGAACAGCAUGCCUACUCACCUGAUGGAGAACCGAUGUGUAUCUAUGGGGACCCCGCCUACCCUCUGCGGGUCAACCUACAGGCACCAUUCAGAAAUGUGUUGAUGACCCCAGCCAUGCAAGAGUUCAACAGGUCAAUGAGUGCUGUUCGUGUGACAGUGGAGUGGGCAUUUGGUGAGGUUAUAAGAUCUUUCAGGUGUCUUGAUUUUAAAAGUAAUUUAAAGCUUGGUCUAAGCUGUGUUGGAAAGAUGUACUUGGUUUCUGCUGUUAUUCAAAAUGCCUUGUCAUGUCUUUAUGGAAACCAAACCUCAACAUUUUUUGACUUAGACACACCAUCAAUUGAAGAAUACUUUUCUUGAUUCUAAUUUUGCAUAUAUUGAAUGAAAUUGUUCAUUACAAAUAAUCAACAUGUGAAAUAUAGACUACAACGUGAUCACAACAUUAACUUGACUUUGUAUGAUGUGUUUCACUUUAAAUUAUGAUAAAUUGUGAGUUUUUGA